AUGAGGGCAUCAGCAUUCAUUGUUCUCCUUAUGUGGGUCGGGCUUUUCUUGAUUAUGUAUAACUUGGGGACUAUGAAAUCACACGAGUACUUGGUAAACUCCCCUACCAAACAGAUUGAUCCCGUGAUUCAUAAUCCCAUAAAAACAAAGAGCAAAACUUAUCACAUAGCCAUGACAGCCUCAGACACACCUUACAGCCAAUGGCAGAGCCGUAUUAUGUACUAUUGGUUCAAGAAGAAGAAACAACUUCCCAUGGGAAAUUUCACUAGGGUCCUUCACUCGGAGAAGCCCGACAACCUCAUGGACGAGAUACCCACAUUCUUAGUUGAUCCUCUUCCUCCAGGUUAUGAUAUGGGUUAUGUUGUCUUAAACAGGCCCUGGGCCUUCAUUCAGUGGCUGGAGUUGUCUAAAAUUGAAGAAGAUUAUAUACUGAUGGCCGAACCGGACCACAUAUUUCUAAAGCCGCUGCCUAAUUUGGCCUAUGAGGACUACCCUGCCGGAUACCCGUUUUUCUACAUCAAGCCCGACAAGCGUGCGAAUAUCAUCCGGAAGUUCUAUCCGGAGGAGAUGGGCCCGCUAACAAACAUCGAUCCUAUUGGGAAUUCUCCUGUUAUAAUUAGAAAGGAUUUGCUGAAGAUAAUUGCACCUACAUGGAUGAACAUCUCCGUUAGAAUGAAAAGUGAUCCGGAGACGGAUAAAGCUUUUGGAUGGGUUUUGGAAAUGUAUGCAUAUGCUGUGGCCUCUGCUCUGCAUGGUGUGCAGCAUAUUUUGAGGAAAGAAUUCCAGUUGCAGCCACCGUGGGAUUUGGAAACUGCGAAUAUCUACAUUCUUCACUACACUUAUGCUCUUGAUUACAACUCUAAGGGGGAGCUAACUUUCGGUAAACCUGGAGUUUGGGGUUUUAAUAAGCGUUUUUAUCUUGAUGGGCCUCCACCUCGAAAUCUGUCUCUGCCACCUUCAGGUGCUCCGGAAAGUGUGGUCACUUUUGUAAAAAUGAUGAAUGAAGCUACUGCUAACCUUCCUAACUGGGAUGCUACACAGUAA